GAGCUUAUUAUCCAAAUUAGUAUCCGUAAUUCAAACAAAAGAAAGUAAAAAUAAAAAAUAAACAUAGUGCACAUAUGGAUAGAUAUCCCUACUGAUGGCCACUUCCUUGCCUUGAGAGGAAAAUGUCAAAAUUAUGACCACACUCAUGCAUCCAAUCAUGACUCCACUGCUGGUGUCUCUCUAUUUGGCCAAAAUAAUGCAUGAACCUCAAAAAAUGGUAGGCAGAUGGUGGUAGGUCUAGCAUAACUAGAAAAAAAACGCUGCCUCGGAGUUCUUCGUAAUGCUCUUCCACAAAAAUGUGAAGUUUCCUUUAUGUGGUGAUGAGUACCAUUAACCUCCCAGGAUAGCAUCAGAGAGAGCACCUCUCGUGUGGUAUGGGGGAAUCUCUAGCUUAUUUGCGAAGCUAUUAUAACUUUUGGUGCGGUGCCUGCCUACCAACUUAUGGGUGAUGCAUGUCUGACUGGAGCUUAUUGUUGGUGAUACCUAGAGUGUUGCAAGGAACUCUCUAGUCAGAACAUCAAUGGUCUCUCCAUCGAUGUUGAAGAGUUCCAGAAGACCGGCAUGAUCAAGUCUUUGCCUCAGCUCUACACCCCAUCCCUAGUAUUAGCAAAAGCUAUCCCAAUCUAUCUCUCCUUCGAACUCCACAUGAACAUUUCUCCACUUAUCCACUCUUCUCCUCGUUAUGUUUCUAAUGGGAAAUUGAGAAGAGGAAAUAGGGGCACUUGUGCUGGCUUGAGAAUUUUAAGCUCAUCGUUAAUUUCUUGCACCUCUAGUCCCCGGUGCAUCUAUCCACUGCGACUCCUCAAUCUCCUCCUAUCCAAGGAUAGUCGUACACUACUAGUGUUGGAGGGAAUCCGAGCAAAUUGAUAUUGAGAAGUGUAGUUCCUUGAAUCAAACUACUCAUAGAAUGGGCUCCUUCUAUUGAUCCAAGCUGAUCUCGCAUGAACUCCUAAAGGGAUCAUCUACCUCCGGUUCUGUUGUGGUGGACUUAAUCUCAUGGAUCAUGUAUAAGAUGAUGCAACAUCAUCCUUCUUCUCCUUGUGAUAUGCUAAGAAUCCUGGGAAAGGGUUCUUCUUUAUGAAUUAUAGAAAAAUAACCAAAUGAAAUCGAUAUAUAGGGGAUUAACCCCACACUUAAGAGCGUGGCUUCUUCUAUCACCUAAUUUUGCACCGUCCAUAGAGCUAGUUUAUAUGGGGCUUGUUCGUGUUUCGCCAUGUUUCAUACCCGAGCAGGUAAUCUUGGCACCAGAAUCGAAAAGUCAGAUGAAAAAGGGCAAAAAGGGGAGCAAAAUGGUAAAAAAAUCGAAUAUCACGGCCAGGCGAAGAUUAUCCGAAGUUGCAGACCAUGAUGUCAACACUCAGACUGUGAAGAUGGCAUGGAUCCAGGAGGGUUUAUACAGCUCGCGGGCACUACAAAUGUCACGGUCUCCCGACCAUGAAGUAAAUAAGAGGACCGUGAAGUUUGGUAGUGAAAAGACACAUUUUAUGUUGAGAUCACGGUUUACUGCAUGCUUCAUAUGGUGUGAAGUUGGACCGUGAUUUUGACAGUCAGGAGCUAUAACAGGAGAGUGAGCUAAAGAAAGAGAGGGGGAGUCUUGGAGAGAGAUUGAAGCUUCUUCUUCAAGGUUUAGAGAGAGCGUGAGAGAGGGAGCGAGAGCUAUGAGCUAAGAAAGAAGGAAGGAGAAUUUUACCUACCCAAGGCUUGAGGAAAGUUUAUUUCUUCUCCAAAGAUUGAAUCAAACAUCUAAGAAGAAGGAAGAUCAGCUUGUAAUGGAGUUUCUUCUAUAUUAUUUGUAUUUUCUCCUCUAGCUAUGGAGUAGUCUAGGAAGUGUUAGAUUGCAGGAAUUGAACUCUAUGUGUGUUGGGUUUAUCAUUUAUAUAAUGAUUGAGUUAUUAUUCAUGAAAUUUGUGUGCCAUGAAAUUUGUUGAUCAUAUCUCUCAAAUUAGGGACAAAUAGAUAUAGAAGGAGAAAAUCCCUAUAAAGUCCAAUCUUGGAAAUUUGGGUAACCUUCUCUAGGCCAAUUAGGGUCAUCCUUGAUCAUCAAAGUAGUGCCAUGAUUUCUUCUUAAUUGGUUACUUUUUCUUCGUUUUGGAUUAACUUCUGAGGCAGUGGUUUUGCAAUCUUUAAUCAAUCGAUUAAGAGAGUUAGGGUUUCCUUACUAAUUGUAACCUCCUCACAGUAUAUGAUCCUACUUAUCACACUAGAGUUUCAUUCGUUGUAUCUUGACCACAUUAUGCUUGAGUGAUUCUUUCUCAAUCGAAUUCACCAAAGUUUAAUUGCUUGCUUGUUUAAUUAGCUUAGUUUCCUUAGCUUUAACCACAAAUCGAUCACUAGAUAACGUGCGAACAAUUGAAGGGUAGAUAGACCACCCGGGUUGAUAUUGAAAUACUUAUACUAUCCUACACCCUUCUAUAGGUUGCACUUGGCCUAUAGUUGGGAUUGUGUGUAGUGGUAGUGAAUAAAGUUUUUCUGGCGCCGUUUCUGGGGACAACAUUCUAGGUUGUCGGGAAAAGGCUUGGAUGUGUUACUUUAGCCGUUUUUUUUUUUUUUGUUUUUGUGUUUUAUUAGCCCACUCUAUGCCAUGAAGGGUGGUUUUUGUUUGAUUGAUUUCCUUUUUGUGUUUUUGUGUUUGUAGGUUGAAUAAUGGAUCCCAAUGGCUUCUACAACAUGUGGGGGUAUCCACACCACUCGAAUGGGGGUAACCCAAAGGUUUAUGGAACAAUCAAGAGGGGUGGAAGCCAUGGAACCGGUUUAUAUGAUCAACCUACAUUCCAAGAAGAAGAACCAUACAAUUGGGGACAACAUUCUAGGUUGUCAGGAAAAGGCUUGGAUUUGCUAGUUUAACCGUUUUUAUUUCUGUGUUUUGUAUACCCACUCUUUGCCUUAAGGGUGGUUUGUGUUUGAUUGAUUUCCUCUUUUUUUUUUUUGUUUGUAGGUUGAAUCAUGGAUCCCAAUGGCUUCUACAACAUGUGGGGGUAUCCACAAUCACUCGAAUGGGGGUAACCCGGAUGUUCAUGGAACAAUCAAGAGGGGUGGAAGCCAAGGAACCGGUUUCUAUGAUACACCUCCCUUCCAAGAAGAACAACCAUAGUGUUGGGGAUUGGAAGAAGCUUCCCCAUACCAAGAAAACUUCCCUCCACAAACCGAGGAGAAAUUCAAGUUGGAAUUGGCAAUGUAGGCCUUCGUGGGGCGUUCCUCAAGACCAUGUGUAUAAUCUUCUUUGGAAUGUCAAUAUUCAUUCCAAGGGGCGAAAUGCAAGCUUCAAUGGUGAAAACCCAACUCAAAUUGGCUCCUAGGUCUUGCUCUUCAUCACUUUCUCUCUCCGGAACUCUGUAUUUGCGUCCAAAGUCGGAUCUCCUUCAGAACAUGAGCUCCUCUAUUAUAAAAACCUGCACAGGGGUAAAAACACGACCUCUAGCCUCGAAAUUCCGGUCGUGUUCUAAUUAGAAUAAGUCAUAUUUCAAAACAACAAUUUUGUAAAGUGUAGAGGGAAAACAUGGCCUAUAGGCCAUGUUCUUCACAAUAGAGGGCGGGUUUGAGGGAAAGUUUUUCAUCAGCUCUGCUGCUCGAUUUUUGUGAUCGGCCUUUUUUCACCUUCAAAUUUCCCAAAACUUGUCCCUAACUCAUAUUUACGUACUAGGACCUGAAAUAUGGCAAAAGAACACAACCUAGCAUAAAAUUGGCCUUAGAUGCAAGAAACCAAAGUCAAAUGAUAAAGAAUUGAGGGAAUAAACAUGUGUAAUUACGACGUUAUCACUUAUCCUAAGAGAUUGUUCGAAAGUGAUCUACAACAUGAAUGUUCUCAAAGGAAGGAUACUCCUAAGAAACUUAAGGUAACUGUUCCUUUCUUGAAAUAAAUCUUAUCGGGAAAUAAAAUAAUGGAGGAAGUUGUUAUGGUUUCUAUGAGUGAGGUCAUUUCUACAACUAUUGGUUGUGAAGGUAUGCCACCAAAGAUGAGAGAUUAGGGAGUGUUCACUAUCCCAUGUACCUUUGGUGUCAAGACCUUUUGAAACCCUUUAGACGACUUGGGUUCGACUAUUAACAUUAUGCCUAUGAGGAUUUGCAAAGAGCUUGACCUCGGGCCAGUCACUUGAUAUUUUAAAUGUACUCAUUCUUUAUUAGAAAGAAGUGAAUAAGUUUAAAAUAAACCAGAGGACAAUGGUUCCUUUUCAGCAACAACCAGCUUUGUACCUUCUUGAGGGAGGCUUUUUAUAAUUUGUGGUGGUUGUUGACAGAUAAUAAAAAUAUUCCAUGCACUUCACGGCACACCAAAAAAAGAGCUUUGCCACCUUUAUCUAAAGGAGCCUUCCUACGCUGAGGAAUGCCUCCUUUUUCUUAUCUGAAGUCUACAACAAAAAAGUGGGCUAGCAAAUCAAGGAUUAUCUGGAUCACAAAUUUAGCAUCAAGGACUUCGGACCAUUGAAAUAUUUCCUGGUUCAUCCGACGUGAUCUGGGAAGGUAUCUCAUAUCAAUGACUAAAAAAGAAGACUUCUUCAACCACCACAUCGACCGGUGUAGCGAACUCUUUAGUUGUUGAUACCACGUUUCUGGGUCUAUUGCUACGCCUUGUGGAUAAAUCAAGAACGUAUUGGUGAGAUGUGCUCAUUUUGUCUACCCCGUGGAUUUUGUUAUCUUAGACACGGAAGGAUGUAUCAACACACCAAUUAGUCUUGGUAGACCUUUCCUAGCUACAACAAGAACUAUUAUCAAUGUUAGUGAGAGCCGAAUCAUCCUAAGAUUUGGUGAGGAGGAUUUUCGAUACAAGAUGACUCCACUUCCCAAUUUCCACAAUAUUACAACUGGUAAGAUGUGGAGAAAGAUUGCGGACCAUUCACGCCUCCUCCAACAUCACCUUCAAGCCCCAAAAUUGAAUGGUUCAACUUGGUGUCUCACGAAGAUCAUAUGGAUCCAAAGAAUGAAGAGACGGAUAACUCUAAGAAACAAUGGAAUAGUUG